AUGGAGUUUAUUGAUUUUAACUCAUCAUCAGAAAGUGAAGAAGAUGAAGAUGAAUUAGAACAUGUUAUGUGCGUGGUAGAAAGAAGAAAGUUGCCAAGAUUGAAAAACUAUGUGGAGAACAUUGUGCCUGCCUAUAGUGAUCAACAAUUCAAGUCACAUUUUAGAAUAUCUAGAGGUACAUUCAAGUUCAUACUUGCUAUUAUCGCCUCGAGAUUGAAGAGAAUACGUACGGGACUGGCAAUGAUUUCUCCUCAGAAGCAAUUUCUUAUUGCAAUAUGGCGCAUGGCAACUCCUGAUUCUUAUAGAUCCAUAUGUGAGAAGUUUGAUGUCAGUAAAGCUACUGCUCUCAAUGCCACACGAAGAGUGGUAAGGGCUCUGUAUAAUUUGGCACCAACUGUUAUCAAAUGGCCAUCAGGCAACAAUGUCAAUGAAGUUUGGACUGGAUUCGAAGCUGUCAGCGAUUUCCCGAAAAUUAUUGGCGCUAUAGACGGUACACAUAUAAAUAUUCCAGCUCCUCGUGUUGAACCAGCAUCAUAUGUAAAUCGUAAAGGACACCAUUCAAUUCAAUUGCAGGACAUCCAGGGUCUGUGCAUGACCAGCGAGUAUUUCGAUUAUCAGAAUUGCAAGAGUGAUUAG